AUGUGGGUCUCUGCAGUAUCUGCAAUGGAAGGAAUGGAGCAUUGGAAAAGAGAAAUUCAAGAUAGGUUGCAACAAGGGAUUGAAUAUGCACAUCAGAUACCCCCCACUCAAAUGUAUGCAGCUGCCACUGUGUUGCUUUUCACCACCAUUUUGCUCUUAGCAAUUCGCUUGUUCAAACGUACCAAGUCUAAUACCAUUGUGCUCGCGGGGCUUAGUGGGAGUGGAAAAACUGUUCUUUUUUAUCAACUUCGAGAUGGCUCUGUACAUCAGGGCACUGUUACCUCAAUGGAACCAAAUGAGGACACUUUCCUGCUACAUUCUGAAACUACUAAGAAAGGAAAAAUGAAGCCUGUACAUGUUGUUGAUGUUCCUGGCCAUUCUCGUCUUCGACCCAAACUAGAUGAGUUCUUGCCUCAAGCAGCUGGCAUAGUGUUUGUUGUUGAUGCUUUGGAAUUCUUACCGAGCUUGAGUGCAGUUUCAGAAUAUCUCUAUGAUAUUUUGACCAAUGCAAGUGUUGUCAAAAAGAAAGUUCCAAUUCUCAUCUGUUGUAACAAGACAGACAAAGUGACAGCACAUACGAAGGAAUUCAUCCGAAAGCAGAUAGAGAAAGAAAUUGAAAAAUUACGGGCAUCAAGAAGUGGAAUAUCAGAAGCUGAUAUUGCAAAUGACACUACUCUUGGAAUACCUGGGGAAGUGUUUUCAUUUUCGCAUUGCGUGAACAAAGUUAGCAUCGCAGAAGCUUCUGGUUGGACUGGUGAAAUUUCUCAGGUGGAGCAGUUCAUUAGAGCACAUGUAAAGCCUUAG